AGAUUCAGAUGCAUUGUCUACCCAUUCAAGCAAAAGCUGACUAUAUCCACAGCCUCCUUGAUAAUAGUCAUUAUCUGGGUUCUGGCCAUAUCCAUCAUGUGUCCAUCUGGGGUGAUGCUACAAGUUACUAAGGAGCACACCAUUCGGGUUUUACUGGGUUAUGACAACAAAACAAGCCCGUUUUAUUGGUGCAGAGAGAACUGGCCAAACCAGGAGAUGAGGAAGGUGUACACCACGGUUCUGUUUGCAAACAUCUAUCUAGCUCCACUUUCCCUCAUAGUGAUCAUGUACGCCCGGAUUGGCAUCACGCUUUUCAAAACUUCAGUCCCGACAGCAGGAAAGCCGGGCCAUGAAAACCGGCACACUGUUUCAAAGAAAAAGCAAAGGGUGAUUAAAAUGCUUCUAGUAGUUGCUUUGCUUUUCAUCCUUUCCUGGUUACCUCUGUGGACCCUCAUGAUGUUGAGCGACUACGCCAGCCUGACUGAGCAGCAGUACAGAAUCAUCAACAUUUACAUUUACCCCUUUGCCCACUGGCUAGCCUUCUUCAACAGCAGCGUCAAUCCCAUCAUUUAUGGUUUCUUCAACGAGAAUUUCCGCAGAGGAUUUCAAGCUGUGUUCAAGUUCAGCCUGUGCACGGUGGACGGACAGCGGAGGAAAACCUACUCACACAGGCUGCAGGGAAACUCUGUGCUCCCAGCUAACAACGCACAGACGUCCCUGGAGCCUAUUUCUCUCAACAGUCUAGAUAAGAACACUUCCAGGCGACUCAAUCAAGUCACUGAACAGGACUUGGUAAUGGAGGACCUGGAGAAGGCUUCUUGCAGCAGCGGGGGGGUAACUGCAGUUUCCAUUUGAUAAAACGUUAUCAAAGGUGUUCAAAUGUCUGAAAAUUGCCUGCAUCAUUGAAACAAUAUUCAUCCAAAACCGCUUAGUAGUAGUUUGUCCAAGGCAAUGAAGAUACUUAUCCUUGAAAUGACAUAUAAAGCAUUCAUUUAUUAUUUGGUUUGUCUUGAAGCGGGCUACCUCACAGUGUUUGCUUCUGGGAUAAAUAUGUCACCAAAACAGACGCCUAAAUAACCAAUCAAAAAAAAUAGAACACUCAUUUUGUUCAACACACUUCCUUAUCACCUAGAAGCCACAUGAUGUAUGUUGCACAUAUUGUGCCAUGUUAAAAAUGGACGCAGGUUGUGCUGCAUGUUGGAAUUGUUAUUUUCAAAAAGGGGGACAAUCUUGUUGGAUAUUGCAUCCUUUUUAAAUUUGGAUUUGUAAUAAGUGCAUUGAUAACAGGCUACAGGCUUGCUCCAUGACAUGCAAAACAAAAAACCUGUAUACAUGUAUAAAAAUCAAUCAAACGUGUAUGUACUAUGGUGUAUGCAGAGCAGAUUUCAAAAGUCAAGUCACUUCAACACAAAUAAUUCAACGUUUUUAUAAGAUGCACACUGGAUGAAUUCAUCAUGUAUUCACUGUUAUUGAUCAUGAACACCUGAGUGGUACUGUGGUCUGUAAACCUGCUUUUCAAGCUUUUGAACAAGGCUUAGAAAUCAAGGGCUAAAACAUGAACUCAAUCAGUUGAACACGGUGACAGAAGUUGAAGUAACAAUCUUUCGAGUAGGCGUGACAGCACAAUUACUUUUUUCAAAACCGUAUUUAUACUUCGGUGAACAAAACUUUACAAAGGGAGGAUGAACUCAAGCAAGCGAUCACAGCUUUAAAGAGCAAC